AUGGCCUCGGCGGACAGCGAGGUGAAAACCCUCCUCAACUUCGUCAACUUGGCUUCCAGCGAUAUCAAGGCCGCCUUGGACAAGUCGGCUCCCUGCCGCCGCUCCGUCGACCACAGGAAGUACCUGCAAAAGCAGCUUAAGCGCUUCUCCCAGAAAUAUUCCCGCCUGCCUCGAUGUCACCACCACAUGCAGCAGCAGCAGCAGCAACCCGCCAGAGAGCGAAAGGCGCCUGAAGAGAGAACGCGAGGCCUCAGCGCCGUCGACGCCGCCGUGACGGCCCAUAACGACAAGGCCUGCAAUGCCGCGGAGCCGGGCGGCGAGCAGCAGCAGCAGAGCAUCUCUGAGGCGACCGCCAGGCCCGACCAAGUGCCCAUGAGGAAAAGGCAGCUACCUGCCUCCUUUUGGGAAGAGCCCCGGCCGGCUCCGGGCCCUCUAGGCGUCAGCGGCGUGGUCUUCUCGGCGGCCGUCUCCUCGUCCUCCUCCAAGGACUUGCCCCUUUAUGAGGGGAAGAAAAGUAAAAAAAACCCAGAUGGCAGCAGGACUGGUGUUGCGCCCGAGAGCCCCCCAUGCGGUGGGCUGGAUACGGAGGCCGUCAAAGUGCUAAGCGCCUGGAGCUGCUGUCCAUUUCAGUACCACGGACCACAACCCUCCCCCGGGGUCUACCCGCCGCCCCUACCCGCCGCCCUUCCGCCCGUGGCCCCCUUCCCAGGCUUGGGGCUGUGGAGGAAACACACGGCCCCCCCGACGGAGGGUGAGCCCUUCCGCAAGCCAGGAGGCGGCGGCGGGGCAGGGCAGAAAGUGCACCGGCCUGUGGUGUGGAAACCCAUCCCCACCAAGCCCGCCGCGCCGCCCUCCAUUUUCAGUGUCUUUGGGUACAUUUAGGCCCGGCGGCCCACCCCCACCCCACCUUGCAAGGGCGUCGUCUCUCGCUGAACCGUCCUCAGCCCUCCUUUAAGGCAGCGGCCUUUGCGGGUGAGGGAGCGACGCAAAGUUUGUUCCCUCACUCCCCCUCCUGGAUUCAUCUCUCUCGUGCGGGGCCUCCUCCUUGCUCGUGAGGAUACACCGGGGAUCACAAAAGGGAGGGAAAGUGUGGGUGAGCAUCCAUAUCCCUGGAAACACCACCCGCAUUCUCUCCCUGGAGGAGAACCUCCCUGACUGGGUUGGCCAAGAGUCAUCGAUGACAAAUAAGGAAGAGGAGUGUGAUUUGGGAGGAGGCUUGCUUUGGCCUGCAGUUACAGAAAGGACGUGUAAGAAAGUGCAAGGCACGCUUUUGCAAAGGAGAUCUCUU